AUUUUUCACAUUGGUAAGUUUGCAUGUGACACCGCUUUCAAAUUCGCAUGUGAAAAAUGGAAAAAACAACAGAAAAUGAAACUAAAACGGAGUUCGAAGAAGUAAAGAAUGAUGACAGUGUAAAACUUGAAGAUACAAAUGCCGAAGAUGGUGAAACACAAAAGAAGAAGAAAAAGAAACGGAAGAAGAAGAAAGCUGAUGAUGAAGGCCAACAAGGGGAGGUUAACAAUAUCUCUGACAAACUAGAAAAUCAGAAUAUCAUAGAAGGAGCUGAGGGAGAAACUGCAGAAGGAGAAGAUGGAGAGAAGAAGAAAAAAAAGAAAAAGAAGAAGAAAGGAGGUGCAAAUAAACAACAAACAGAUCCACCGUCAAUAUCAAUAGCAGAGCUUUAUUCAGAUGGUAACUUCCCAGAGGGAGAAAUUUUGGAUCAUCCUAUUGCAGCUAAUGA